GUUAAAAGAAAAGAUGGCAUAUAAUUUAUCUUUAAUGACUUUCAGUUGACUUCCUUACUAGCAAGAAUGUUUAGUGCAAUUUUAACUAUUCUGAUUAAAAAUGAAAACAUUUUAACAUUAUAAUGUAAAUUGUCAUCUGUUAUUCUCUUAUCCUUGAAUUUAUGAAUACAAAAAUGAGUGAUAAAAAAGUGCCACAAUUUUUUAUCCCAGCCUCUUAUAAAGGUCACCAAACCAGUCCAACACCUGCUUCGUCUAACAAUCCACGUUUACAAAAUUCCACUGGUGUCAACGAUGCACAACAUCAACGAAAUCCUACAAAUCAACUGUCAACUGAAUUGAAUCCUAAUUCCCCUGGAAUAAAAUUUGUUAAUGGUAAACCAGGCGAUCAGAAACAAUCAUUAUUAUUCCCUUCACCUACUGGAACAUUAGAUUUAUCCCAUUAUAAUUUUGUACCUACACAAGUAGACAAUACUAAUAACGCUAUUAUUACUACUACCGUUAAUAAUGAUAGUAAUAAUAAUAAAGAUACUAGGUCUAAACGAUUAAAUGGUCGGCUAUCCAAUCAGGUGUCGGCAACAAAUAAUCGGUUAAAUGAUACACUCAUUGAUAAUAAUAAUAAUGCAGAAUUUAUGGAUUCGGCACAAACAACUGAAAAUGUUGAAAAAGAGAAAAAACGUCGACGUUUUCGUAGACCACGGAAAAAUAGUAAAUUAGAUAGAUUAAUACGUUUUCUUGAAGAUAAACGUGUCAAGGAUGAUGGUAAUGGUGAAGAAUUAGAAGAUUUACAAAUGCCAAGAUUAAGAAAAGUUUUAAAUAUCAUAUUUGUAACACUAGGUGUUUGUUUUCUAUUGGCUGUGAUAAUUGUCAUAUUGUAUACAACAUUUGCUGGUGAAACUGAAACAUUAAAAGAUCUAUGCCAGCACCGAAACAAGCCUUCUUCUUCUUGUGACAACCAAACAGAUCUUGAUCAUUCAGAGUUUGAAGAGGAAGAUUCUACAGUAUCAGGAAUUUCCCAUUCACAUAUCACAUCGGAGAAUUUCGCAACACCAGAUGAUACACAAAAGUUUCAGCUUAUACAUACAUCGCCAUCAGAAUUGAAUCCUUCUAUCUCAGCUCCGUCGCAAAAAUAUAAUAGUAUACCUGUCUUACAGAGUCCCUUGGAUGUAAGCAUUAGUCAGAUUGACGGAACGAAUGAAGGAGUUACACGAGGACCAUUACCUCCCCCUCCUCCAGAUCUAUAUUCAUAUAUUGAUACAUUUGAUGAUAUCUACUUGACAGAAACAAAUAAUCAAGGAAACUAUCCAUGGUCUCACAAGGUGUAUAAUAAUGCUCCGAAAACCGAAUCAAUGAAUAACUUUCCGAAUCAUGUUCAACAGCCAUCAAAUGAUAAACAACAGAAUGAUGUGAAUACCGUUUGGCCUGAAUCAUGGAUGUCACCAAUGAAGCAUGAAAAAAAAGCUACGAAACAAAAUAUUAUUUCAAAACAAAAAGUGUAAUUUGCACAUUUAUUUUCAUCUCUUACUCUUAUCCUCUCUUCAGAUAUUAAUAAAGUAUGAUGUACUUUGAUAAUAUCUCGUUUUUUUUUCAUAUUAUAAAACAACACUACAAUUUUGUAAUUUAACCAUGAAUUUACUCUAAACAAAAACUUUUUUGUGUGAAAAACAAAUUAUGCAGCAUUCAUUUAUACAGUGUUCACAUGAAAAAUUGAUUUUAAAUUUUAAAACAGCACUUUUUGUAUAGAUUGAAUAAUUUAAACAACUAUUUACAGUAUGAUUUACUAAACUUUAUUUUUCUCUAUUUUAUAUGCAUAAUAAAUUUUAAUUUUUUAUAUCUUUUA